AUGGGCUCUUCUUCUCCAUCGUUGUCGGCUCUCGGUGGCCCUACAUAUGUCACCGCUCAGACCCUGAUUCAGCAAGUCGCAUAUCUCCUCAGCGACAAGAUCUUUUCCUAUUCCCCUGAGUCCUUCGAUCUCGAUAACGCUGUUCGGGAGUGGGCGUCGCGCCAGGAAACCAAUGCCAAUGGCGAGUCACCCGCCGUUAAGGCCAUGGAAACUCGCCAGGGUGCUGGUAACAUUGCCCUUGGUUAUCUCUUCUCCCAAGACUUCGACCUGAAGAAGCGUCAUGUCCCCCAGGGUAUUGUUGCCUCGUCGGCCACUCUCCCUUAUAUGCGCUCGGCUUUGGAGCAGCUGUCCCUGCUGUAUUCUGUCGCUAGCCCUGUUGCCGCGCACGUCGCGGCCGUUGACUAUGCCGGCGAGGACGGAUUGGUCUCGGACUAUUCCUCCGCCCUCUCACUCGCGGAAGAGCUUGGCCUGGCUCUUGUCUCCAGUGCUUCUGUCCACGAAGCCCAGCACAUGGCGUUGUUCACGACUCUCCUCGCCUCGAUUCUGCCUUCCGUCCAUAUCUAUGAUGGCGUGCGUGUUGGCCGUGAGAACACCCGCGUGAUCGAUGUUCUGGAUCAGGCCGGCGUAGCUCGGUCUUAUGAGACCAUCCGCAAGACAUUGGAUGAGUCCCGUAGCCGCCAUCUUGACACUCAAGGAAAGCUGCUGGAUUUGCUCAAGUCUUUGAACGGUGAGCUCGGCACUGACUAUGGUCUCUUCGAGUACUCGGGUCAUGCUGAGCCUCUUUCCGUUCUCGUUGCUUUCGGAACUGUCGAAGCCUCGCUCACUGCCCAAGUUGCUCGCUCUCUGGCAAAGGAUGGCGUGCGUGUUGGUGUCAUCAAUGUUCGCGUCUAUCGCCCUUUCGUCGAGGAGGAAUUCCUGCGCGUUCUCCCCCAGUCCACCAAGACUGUUGGUGUCCUUGGCCAGGUUGCCAAUGAGCAAGCUGUGCAGGAGCAGGGUGUUCGCUCCGCCCUCUAUGAGGACGUUCUCGCGGCCUUGACCUUUGCUGCUGGACGCGAACAAGCUCCUACCUGUGUCGACAUCAAAUAUCCCCGUUCUCAGCGCUGGAACCUGAUCAACACAGCUGCCGCCUUCCAGCUCAUCUCCGAGAAGCCUAUUGUUCAGGUCGACGGUGAAAGCGCGCCUCUCCAGCUCAUCGACCCCGUUACCGUGCAGGAGUACACCUUCUGGGAUGUUGACAGCUCUGCUUGCGAGUCCGCUGCUGCUACUCUUUCUGAGGCUCUGGCAGCCGACUCCGCCAGCAAUGUCACCACCACCAAGUCUCACGACAACUUUGUCCAAGGAGGCACUGUCCGCAUUGACAUCCGCAAGAGUUCCAAGAUCCUUGACGCCCCGUACGCCAUUACUGCUGCCGAUACCGUGUAUGUCGGGGAGCCCAAGCUGCUCCAAGACAUUGACAUCGCCGCCUCCGUCAAAGACAAUGGCAAGGUGAUCAUCAACGCACCCGGAGUCAAGGAUGAAGAUCUGGAGAAGAAGUUACCGGCCGCUUUCAGGCAGGCCGCUGCCCAGCGUGGAAUUUCCCUCUACAUUGUCGAUCCAUCCGCUGCCGGCGACGCCUCGCUGGAGUCUGUCGUUCUGCAAUCAGCCUUUCUCAGAGUGGCUCUUCCCUCUCAGGAAGGAGUUGGCAUCAAGAAGCUCUCCUCGAUCAUCAGCAACCCUGAAGCUCUGGAGAAUGUUUCCAAGGAUCUUGACAAACUUCUUCGUCAGAUUGAGAUCCCCGAGUCUUGGAAGGAGUCCGAGGAAGCGCCCCAGGCUUCUCAGCUGCCCAAGGAUAUCUCCAUCAACAGCUUUGUUCCCUUUGAUAAAAAUGAGGCUGAGCCGGCUCCCAUUCUCGCGGAUUGGCAGGCUGCUGCCAAGGCCCUUGCCUUCAAGGAGGCCUACGGCACCAAGACUGCCCUUCGUCCCGAGACGGCCACGAAGACCUUCACCGUUCAUGUCAAGGAGAACAGACGUCUGACUCCCGUCACAUAUGACCGUAACAUCUUCCACAUCGAGUUUGACCUGGGUGACUCUGGCCUCAAGUACGAUAUUGGUGAGGCUCUGGGCGUCCACGCUGAGAAUGACCCUCAAGAUGUCUCCGAGUUCAUCAAAUUUUAUGGUCUCAACCCCGAUGAUGUCGUUUCGGUGCCCAGCCGCGAGGACCCUACUGUUCUUGAGAGUCGUACUGUGUACCAGGCUCUUGUUCAAAACCUGGACAUCUUCGGCCGGCCUCCUAAGCGCUUCUAUGAGGCCCUCGCGGAGUUCGCCAGCGACGAGAAGGAGAAGACUGACCUUCUCACCUUGGGCGGUCCCGAGGGCGCUGUGGAGUUCAAGCGCCGUGCCGAGGUUGACACUAUCACUUUCGCCGACGUUCUCCUGGAGUAUCCUUCUGCCCAUCCCGACUUCCACGAUCUGAUUCGCAUUGUCGGACCCAUGAAGCGCCGUGAGUACUCCAUCGCUUCCUGCCAAAAGGUGACGCCCUCUACGGUCGCCCUGAUGAUCGUCGCUGUCAACUGGGUUGAUCCCAAUGGCCGUGACCGCUUCGGUCUGGCUACUCGUUACCUGAGCCGCCUCCAGCCGGGAACACCCGUCACUGUCAGCGUCAAGUCCAGCGUGAUGAAGCUGCCACCCAAGUCCACCCAGCCCCUCAUCAUGGCCGGUCUGGGAACUGGUCUUGCUCCCUUCCGCGCCUUCGUACAGCACCGUGCGCUUGAGAAGGCACAGGGCAAGGAGAUCGGCUCGGUCCUGCUGUACAUGGGCUCUCGUCACCAGCGCGAGGAGUACUGCUACGGUGAAGAGUGGGAGGCUUACCAGGAAGCGGGUGUCAUCACCCUCCUUGGUCGUGCCUUCUCCCGUGACCAGCCUGAGAAGAUCUACAUCCAGGAUCGUAUGCGCGAGUCUAUCUCCGAUAUUGUCCAGGCCUACAUUCGCGAGGAGGGUGCUUUCUACCUGUGCGGCCCCACUUGGCCUGUGCCCGAUGUGACUGCCGUUCUGGAGGAGGCCAUCGCUAUCGAGGCUAAGAACAAUGGCAAGAAGGUUGACACUCGCAAGGAAAUCGAGAAGCUCAAGGAUGAGGAGAGAUAUGUUCUGGAAGUUUAUUAG